AUAUGCAGCUGCGAUCUAAUUCUGGGUUCAGUGCUGCGAUGGACUGACAGAGAUGAUUUUCCCUUACCAUGUUUCAUUGUCAUCAAGUCAUUCUGCUGAUUUAAAAAGCUGUGUACGAUGGAGGUUGUAGAUGGAAACGCCGCAAUGUUGAGCAACUAUGAGGUGUAUUCUCUUCUGACAGAGGUUCAGUCACAAAGUAGCCAGCAAAAGAAGCCGAGUAAAACACAACAAAAUCUGGCUACUAUCUCAUAUGAGACUUCCAAGUAUCUAGAGAACACGCCCUGUAAAGAUCAAAAUCCUGAAUGCAUCAAGGAGUUCAUGAAGGCUGUGGAACCAUUCAACAUUACCAAGCAGGCCCCUGCCCCUCCACGGACUGUGGCUAGUCCCCCUGCGCCUAUCGCCCAGAAAGCCCCGGUACCCGUCCAGCAACAGUCGAGUGCAGUAGCGCCCCCUAGAGGCCCAGGGUUGUUUGGCCAGAUGGCUGCUACAGCAGGUGGUGUUGCCAUUGGUUCAGCUGUGGGUCAUGCAGUUGGAGCGGCAAUUACGGGAGGUCAAGGGCAACAGCCACAGCAGCCCGAUGUCACCUAUCAGGAGCAGCCCCAGAUGCAGCAGCAACCCUACAUGCAGCAGCAGCAGCAGCCGGACUCGCUGCAGGGCGGCGCCUGCGGCUACGAGCUGAGGCAGUUCCUGAACUGCGCCCAGAGCCAGCACGACAUCACGCUGUGCGAAGGAUUCAACGAGGCACUCAAGCAGUGCAAGAUGGCGCACGGAAUUCACUGACGAUACCUCCCACCAGGCCAACUGUAGAUGCACUCAACCUCUGAAUAAAUUCUUGGAAAUCCUCCAUCUUCUACUCUGCAGCUAAGUCAACUUAAUUUCUACAAAAAUCUACCUUUCAGUUUGAAGAGUGCACAUUUCAGACACAUUGUUAACUUUUUAUGAAAAAGAGAGCACGGAAGAUGCAGAAAACAGAAUGAUUGAUGCGUUAUCGGUCUGCAUGGUAAGCAACAAAGAAUUUCUGUGGAAUUAGUGAUUUGGUUUGUUGGUAGAGUACAUUUCCCACUUCCUGUGAAGUUUUGCUUUCUUGUGACAGGAAUGUUUGCAAACUUUGAGGAGUGCUGGCCUGUUACUCCUCCUUUGAACCCAUGUAAUGUCACAGUAGACAGAAAACGUUGCCGGCUUUAACGUGUAGACCUCAAUUUGCAGUGAUCAAGAGUUUUUAUUAUUUAUCUGGGAGUGUGUGUGUGUCAUGUUUCAGUGGAUAUUUGAAAUUUAUUUUUGAGUGAUUUAAGUUACUGGAUCAAGAUACAGUGAGCUACUAAGUGUUUGCCUCAGACAGGUCAGUUCACAGAAGACGACCUGCAUUACCAUGUAGCUUUUCAGCCCUUAUCAGUGCUUAUACGCCGCAUUGAGUGACCACGAUGCAGUACAUACAGAAAUAAUAACUGAAAUUACAGACAUCCAACUGCCAAGUCCUUAUGCAAAAUAAACACUGUUUCAUUUGAAGAUAUCAACCGUUUUCUGAUACUGCACUACCAAACUUGGCCUCCUCACGGUAACCUUUGACAGGCACGCUGUAUUGCGAACCGUCCUUAUUAUUUUUCUCAUUUUUUUUCCAGGAAGCACACUGCUUAAGCACCCAGUGUCUGUCAAUAUUUUAGGCCUGUUUUGUAGUAUGUUGAUGUAUUUUAGGCUUGUACAUCUCAGCUCCUUCACUUAAAAAUGGGACUGGAUGCCCAAAUUUUGUAGAGGUUCCAAGGAAAUGCCGUUGACAUGCACAGUGUCGAACUCAUUCAAAUUCCUCCACAGAAAAAUUUGAGGAACUGGGAUUUUGUUCCCAACUGGCAACAGUAACUAGUACAGCCAACAUGUAUUUAGCAUGCACAAGUUUCAGGUAUUGAACUUUGGAUCCUUUCUUUUAUCAAUGUAGUUUACAUUGCUAGCAGUAACUUCCAGUUUCCAGAUGGUACUUCAUCUCUGUUUUCAAGUUGAUUUAGCCAAGCCCCUGUGGACUAAUUUAAAUAAUGAUGUGUUAUUUCAGUCCUUACAGUAUGCUUCCCUAUGUUAAAGUUAUCCUUUGAAGGAUGUAAUAACUGUGAAUUUGAGUGAAAUAAAACAACACAAAAGUGAAACCAAAAGGAUAAUGCUAUUCAGCAAGUUGUCUCAUCCAAAUAUUGGAAAUCACCCAGCAAACAAAUCAGUGACAUAACUAUUAUCCGUAAGUGGCUGCUUGAAUGUCCCUCAGAUGUUUUCAGUGGUAAUUUAAUAGGGAUAAUGAUCGUUUACGGCAGAUAGAACAGAUACCAAACAGCACAAAGCCACAGAGAGAGAGAAAGUAAGAUAAUGACAUCCCUUUGGUCUAAACAUUCCUCUUUUCUCCAAACUCUUUCCCUUUUGUGUAAACAAAAAUUUCAUAAGGAAAUCCUAUGAGCAUUUGUGAUAACCUGCAAUUAUCCUGGUUUGUGGUUAUUUCAGCCACCUGCUACAACUCAGAACGUGCUUCACAUAUCUGAUUGGUUCUGGAGGGGGGUCCGUAUGCUAAAGAUAGCAGGAUUCGCUAAACAGAUUACAUCCCGAGCUAGCUUUCCUUGGAAUUUCAUAUUAUCCAGUGUAGAUAAAAUCCACUUCAAAAUCUUACCUCGUACCUGCUCAUUACAGCUCCUGCCUAACUUUAUGUUCAUAUCUUCAUCAGAUUUUGUUCUUUUAGCCAUAUCAAUGUGUGUGUAAGGCUGUGUACAAAACAGACAUUGGUGUCUCUGACUACAGCUGUUCUGGGUGACUUCCUAAUGGUAAAAACCCACGCCUUCAUGUACAUCACUACAUAGCAACAAGAUAACCACUUCACUCUUGGUCUGACAUUAUUUCCAGAGUGGUUUUAAUCAAAUUGUUAGCCUGCUGUUAAAGUGGUAGGGUUUUCCAGAAUACAUGUAUUAAAUUUUGGGAAAAUACAACAUUCACUGAUCAUCGUGUUUGCUGUUUUGAAAUAAAAUGGACAAUAUUUUAAAGGAAAAAAA